ACGCUCAGUCGGCAGUGUUCGUGUCGGCGUCGUUCUGGCGCAUCCUCAGACUUCGGCUCAGCUCGGAGAGACCACACCGGUCUGUAUGGUGGAGAACCGUUUCUCGCGUUUACCAGUUUCUGGGGACCGGCUGUAUGAUUAAGCUACAAUCUUCAAUGAGUAAGCAUAUCCCACAGUUCUGUGGUGUUCUGGGUCACACAUUUAUGGAGUUUCUGAAGGGCAGUGGAGACUACUGCCAGGCUCAGCACGCUGCCUAUGCAGACGAGUGAACGCGCAAACUCGCCAUCGAUCCGACGCACUUGAGCCACAGGAGGAACCCCGGAGAGUUGGCAGGACCGGGGCGCCUCCCAGAACCAGCGAUCACUUGGCCUGGAUGGGGUAACUUCACCCGCUGCACACUGCCCUCGUCGGCUUCCACCUGGCCAGAACCAAGGUGGAACCAGCCUUUUUACUUCCUUUUUCUUUAGUUUGACCUUAAAGGAGAGGUUUUAAGUUACUCCUUCGAUUGGCUGCCAGCUCCUCCUCAUCUUUUUGUGUUUUUGAUUGUUUUUCGUCUUUGCCAACCUCAAAGAAGUUUGGAGGGUUUUCGUUGGCGAGCUUCCCGGAGCUCUCUGGACAUUUGUUUGACAUUCCCUCCAACUCAAACUGUUUACAAGUGUUUUUACUCUGUGGAAAGCGUUUGGCUUUUGGUAUAUCUAUAUAUCUAUACGUUGUUACGCUCUCACGAUGGCUCGAAUGAACAGACCCGCCCCCGUCGAGAUCACCUACAAAAACAUGAGGUUCCUCAUUACCCACAAUCCCACCAACGCCACGCUGAACAAGUUUAUUGAGGAACUGAAAAAGUACGGAGUCACCACCGUGGUGAGAGUCUGUGAAGCCACCUAUGACGCCGCCCUGGUGGUGAAGGAGGGAAUCCAAGUUCUGGAUUGGCCGUUUGACGACGGGGCCCCUCCCUCCAACCAGAUCGUGGAUGAUUGGCUGAACCUGCUGAAGCUGAAGUUCAGGGAGGAGCCCGGCUGCUGCAUCGCCGUCCACUGCGUGGCGGGGCUGGGGAGAGCUCCUGUCCUGGUGGCGCUGGCAUUGAUCGAAUGUGGAAUGAAAUACGAAGACGCUGUCCAGUUCAUCCGACAGAAGCGUCGAGGAGCGUUCAACAGCAAGCAGCUCUUCUACCUGGAGAAAUAUCGUCCAAAGAUGCGCCUGCGCUUCAAAGACUCCAACGGCCAUCGCAAUAACUGCUGCAUCCAGUAGAGCCAAACCCGAGCCAUGCCAGCGCCGCUCCGACCUCCGCUAGCCGAUCGCCCGGCAGGCUUUUAUUUCCUCCAUUGUGUUCUUUUACUUUGAAAAACGGUUCUUGGUGAUCUGGCCGCCCCCCCCUCCCUGUCCAGGCUCGAAAUUAAAUGUGUAAACGGUAAAAAGUUGUGUGAACAAUGUUUGUUUUUAAGCGCCCGACAUGAAUUAAAAAACGCCGGAAUGAGCAGGGCCCCCCCCUCCCCCGCUGAGUUACGUAUCCUCGUCAGAUGUUGGAAUAAGUGUCGUUUGCAAUCAGAUCCCAAAGAUUUGAAGCCUCGACUAACCCGAUAGGUCAAAGUAAACCAUGUGAGCAGUUGUUUGUGUUCGGUUACGUUAGCGACUAGAAGAGUUUGCCUUCCUCCCAAUCAGAUCCACAAAUGCCUUACGAUCCACGUGACACAAAGGCAAUCCCGGCGGGACUCCCUCCAGCCGGCAUUUUGGGAAAAAAACGGUUUCAUUUUCUACUCGGAGCAGAAUCCUCAACUGUUGCCUUCAUCCUGAGCAGGAAGUCUUUACAUUGAUGCCCUUUCAGCAGCUCUUUUUAAUAUCAGAGGCUUAACUGUUGCGAUAUUUGUCAUUUUUCCUCUUUUCUUUUUUUAUUAAACCUUGUGUUUACCAAUUAAACUGCCACGUCCAAAAUGUGAUCUUUUUUUCCUUUUUUGUUUGUUUUUUUGCUUCUAACUGGACUUCCAACAUCUGCAGCAUUUUGUAUGCCUUUUUAUUUGAUGUCCGUAACUUAAGACUUGGAUACUUGAUGAUUUUAUGUAUUUGCAAAUGUGUACUAUUACAUUAGGUUGGCUAUUUAUACUAUCAAUGGAUGUGUGAUUUAGUACAGUGAGCGACAAAGUUGUACCUGUUCACCAACUUGUGAGAGUACAUUAAAUGAAACACUGAAAAAGGAAA